AAUAAUCGGACAAGCAGACACUCACACGUGGUUAAUAUCUAAAUGCAGAUGCAGGAAAGUGCAUGUGGAUGCGCCGUGAAACUGCUUGAAAUUGACUGCCUGGCUACGGCGGGCUUGAAUGAGUGUAUAUCGGAGUAAAGAGACGGGUUUAGUUUGUGAGUAGACAGCUGAGAGAGCGGUGUUGGCUCCUCUCCGCUCAACUAAAAAUAUAAAAACCAUGAUUUUUCCAAUAUAACACUGACAUCACUACACACUAGAAAUGUUGAGUUUAACCCCCCGUGAGAUCCUACGAUCUAUGCAUGUUGAUCCUUUAUCUAAAACUCCGUACUCAGAUGCAACACAGACGAAGAAGCACAAGAAGAACUACGUGAAGAGACCGAUGAAUGCGUUCAUGGUUUGGUCCCAGCUGGAGAGAAGGAAGAUUAUAAACAGGAACCCAGAUUCUCAUAAUGCUGAGAUAUCCAAGAACCUGGGGAAAACCUGGAGAACCCUCUCCGAGGAGGAGAGACAACCCUUCAUAGAUGAGGCUGAGAGGUUAAGAUUACUCCAUCAGAAGGAGUAUCCAGAUUACAAGUAUAAACCAAAGAAGAAGGGAAAGGUUGUGAAUGUAGUUAAACCAAAACCAUCACGAGCUCAACCAACCAUCUCCUCUAAACCAUCCUUCUCCUUGAACAAGCUGAGGAAACUAAACAACAACAAGAAGAGCGUGUCCUCUCUACUGAAGGAGGAGACCAAGGAGGAAAUUAUUUACGAGAUAGAUUUUUAUCAAUCCGGAGCUACUAGUCCUUCCUCCUUCUUAGCUUCAGAGGAACAAUUGAGCCCGGAGUAUAUCCGUCUUACAGACUCUCCUGAACCUACUCCUUGCGGCCCAGAUAUUCUCCAAGUUUCAACACAGAAUUUGGUUUGGGUAUCUUCUUCCUCCUCCUCCUCCUCUUCUUCCUCUUCCCCUCCUAGUCAACCCUCCUUCAGUUCUCAAAUAUCUCGAACCCCCUCCUUUACGUCCGAGAUAUCUCUGACCCCCUCCUACUCCCCUGAUCUAUCUAGAGCCCCCUCCUGGUCUCCUGGAGGGGUAAGAGUGCCCCUGAGCCCCCCCUGCCUAAGUCCUGCUGGGUUCGACCCUCACUCCAUUUACGAAGAAAGUGAUAAAUAUUCACGGAGCAAUAAAUCCGGUGAACCGAACCAGGUUCUACUAAAAUUCGAUCGUAAAACUUCAUCAGCUAGCAGCCAGCAAUAUCUAGAGCUAACCCAACACAACCAACUACAAUCAAACCUGUCCCAGUACCAUUCUACCAACCCGGAGAAAUGGGAGAUGAUCAAACAAGAGAGUCUAAGUCUGAAAACUGAACCACAAUCGAAUCUCAAGGAGCCCCCAUACUCUACCUACCUCCCGGAGCUAGAGCUCAAGCAGGAGGACGAACUCUUCGAACUCCAGGAUAUCACAGACCUACUUGAGGUCCCGGAGCAGGGACUUCGAACCCUGGAACCCUGGGAAGUUGGCUCCGGUAACUCUGGAUAUCCUCACUUUGAGUUUUCCGGAGAAAUGUCGGAGAUGUUGACAGGAAUCGGAGUCAAGAACGAAUUUGACUGGAUGGAAAACUUAAUUCGUCUUUAGAAUCCAGCACAGUCCCUUUAAAGUUUCCAUCGGUUCUUGUGUGAUGUAUCUACCAUCUUUUUAUACUUAUAUCCUCCGGCUCUUGCAGCAUGAAAAAAUUUAACAAAUUAUAUUUGGAAAUUGGAAUCAUUUGUGGAUCAAACUAUUGGUGCUCAACAAGCCAACCUUCCUCCACCUUCCCUACAAAUACAUACAUAUAGAGAUAUUUUAAAUGUUUUCAUAAAUAGAUAAUUUUAUAUCAAAUAUUUACAGUCGUGAAUACUGCCCUAUCUUGCACAUAAACACAGGCCAAAGAUCGGUGAAUAAAAGCUUUGAAACAACAAAUUUUAAAUUAUAAAUUUAGAAAUUAGAAAGUUGAGAACUCCCAAAGUUUUCAUUUGUAAAUGGUCAGACAGUGCAAAAUUCGAGUUUAGUUUGUUUUGACUAUAAUUUUCUGCACACUGUUGCCAAAAUUACAACGUACUAUUUUGCAAACUUUGGGUGCUCAUUUUCGCAAUAAAUAAAUUGGCAAAGUUUUGCAAACAUCCCCGAUCUUAGACCUAUAAAAUAUAUUGUAGAGUUUAAAAAAUUCAAUUUUUACCUUUUAAAAUAUUUAUUCGUU